AUAAAAUUGCACUAUUUGCAAGCGUUGUUCAGGCGUGAGUCUAUUCAUGGUGAAUUGACAAACCAAACUGAGAAUAAAUCACUUGACAGCUGUUUAAUCGGUCGCCAUCUUGAACAGUGAUACCAACCUAAAGUUCUAUACCUCUAAAAAAAAAAAAAAUCUUAAAAGAUGAAAUUGAUUCUGCAGAUCUUUUAAACCGCCUAACAUUCAAUGCUCCUGUUAGACUAACACGAAGUAAUUAUCCACUACAUUUGCCACGAUGUACAUCAAAUUUUUGUCUGGACGAGCCCUUUUGCUUUCUAUGUGAUAACUAAUGCAUUUAAUUUGCAUUUCAACUUCUAUCCCGGUAUUUAUUGCCUUUUAUUUUCAUUUGUGUCCCGUCUAUAUCUGUUCCUCGCGAACUCGCAUUUUGUGCUCAAAUUAAUAAUAGGGCCUCGCGCGUAACAAGCACGUGCUUGGUGUCUUUGGGCCACUUGUUUGUACUUUUCGAAAUGCCUCAACGCCCAUCAUAUAUAUAUAACUCUCUACUGUGACAUUACUACACAGGUACCGAGAAAGGCGAGUGGCCAUCGGCGGAGACAUUAUGGAAAUGUUUCGCUCAGAUGAUCAAAGGUAUUAACGAAUCAUAUUUAUAGAACCAGAAACGCAAAAACGGGAGAACUGCGUUAUGCAAGUAAUGACCUUCGGCGCAAGUUGUGCGCAAUUGCCAGUGCCAGUGAUUUCGAGAAGCAGUAUCCGAGAGCCGUGAAGUGCAUUCUUGUAGGCGAAAUGCUGCAUAAUGUUGCCCAGAAGAAGAUGCAAUUAACUUAACCAGAACCGUGCACCAUUUACAUUUUCAAGCGAAAUUCCAGGGACGCAACUAGGUUUCCAAAUUCCGAACAAUCCUGGAGGCACUAGGACUAGAGAAGGGUGUGAUGGUACAACUGGACUAGAACGCUGACAAGUGUGGCAUGUGGUGGGAUACAAAGGAAGAUAUGAUCAGGUAUCGCGUAUCGCCACGAUACAAGCAAGGGUAAGUACUGCAAGGGAAACGCCAUCCCACUAAGCGGGAAUUUCUAAGCAUGAUGAUGGGCAUAUACGAUCCGCUUGGCAUCAUUUCAUUCUUCGUUAUGUACGCCAAAACCAUGUUUCAGGAGAUUUGGCGGUCUGGAUGUCAGUGGGACAACCCUAUAAUGGAUGCAGAUGGCUUCAUCACAUUCUCAAUAUCGAGGAAUUGUGCAUCCCCGGGUGCUAUAUGCCUAAACAGCUGUCGGGGCAGCAGGUGGAGAUGCACAACUUUGUAGAUGACAACGAAAGAGGAUUCGCAGCCGUGUUUUACUUACGAAUUAAAUAUAGGCACGCUAUCCACUGCUGCGUGCUGGGCAGCAAAAGCCGCUUAGGCUUGUAUCUAUCCUACGUCUGGAACUCAUGGGUGGUACUUUUAGUACCAGGCUGGCAAAUGAAGUGGAAAUGUCACUUACCAUGCAGAUUUGCAAACGGACAUUCAUUCGAGUGUUGAGCUGGCUGCGCUCGGAUCAGAGGAAUUAAAAUCAAUUUGUGACGGCGAAAUAUUAGAUACCACAAAGCAGGAGGAUUGGCGCUGGGUUCAAACUUCCCAAAAUGUAGCAGACGAAGCUACAAAGUGGACCCGGACACCUGAGUUCAGCAGCGGAAGCCGUUGGCUAAAUGGGCCAAAAUUCCUAUGGCAGGAAUCAGAACGCUGGCGAACUGAAUCAGAUGAACAAAAACCGAUGAAACUGAUGCUGAACUAAAGGUGCAGUUCAUUGGAGUAUGCGCCUGGAACGAAAGCAUGAGGCAUGCACAGCUUAUCGACCCGUUGAGAUUCUCUUCUUGAUCCAGACUGCUGCGGAGUAUGGCGAAAGUGAUCUGGAGUCUACGACGCUGGAAAGCGAAAGUGCUGACAGCCAAACAAGUAGAAGACUCGACUACCCAAUAAAAUCUUUAAAUGGCAGAAAGUCUCCUAUGGUCAGAUGCGCAGGCCGAGCACUACCAGGAUGAGCUGGCAUUGUUCUUUGUACAAUUUGGGUCCUUACCUCGACAGUAACGGUGUGUUACGACUUCAAGAGCGCACAAAGAUGGGAAGCGGCAAGGACAGAGUGGUCCUUCCUAGCAGUAGUCCCAUCACCGAGCUUAUCAUUGCGGAGCUACACGAAAAGCUUUUGCAUGCCAACCACGAGACCCUGAUCAACGAGCUACGACAGAGUUUCUGGAUUCCCAAAAUGAGGCCAACAGUUAGACGAUACGUAGUAUUGUUCACUUUCCUCUCUACGAGAGCCAUACACUUGGAGAUCGGCGUGGUAAGCCCGUUUAACUGUGGAGCGACAACGGCCAACUUCCAAGGGGCUAUUACCGAACACCGGAGGGCACUGGACGUGCUGAACAAGGAUCAGCUGGAACGUGAGUUUACCGGCCCGAGAUGAAGUGGUACGAUCAGUGAGGGUGGCCCUGUACUCCAUUCUAUCAAGCGGACGACCCUCGGACGAGUGGCUUCGCGGGGCGCUAAUGGAAGUAGAAAUGAUAGAGAACUCGCGGCUGCCCAUCUACAUCCCUGUAAAAGACAAUGACAAUGACAAGACAAAAGACAUGAGGAGGGCUCACACCUAAUCAUUUCCUACUAGGGAGUUCAAGUGGAAGUAUGCCGGCUACGAGUAAGGGGUAUACAAAUUAUUUCAUUAUUUCUCUGACCGUUUCUAAUGCCAUAUGUUAGAGUCGUCCGAUUUGUAUUAAUUUUAAUUCGAAAUUCUUACAAAUAUAAAAUAAUCAAAAAACA